GAAUCUUGAGCAUAAUCUCGGGCAUAUUGAAACCUCAAGGCAUGAAAGUUUAACAAAUUUGAGUGAAACACUAUAAUUUUGCUAAAACUAAGAACGCAAAGGAAUCACUAAAUCUAAAACAUUAAAAAACAAAUCUAAAUAACAAAUAAUCAACAAAUUACUCUCGUGGAUAAAAUGCAACAUUCUUUUCAAGUUUUUGACGAAUAAAGAGAGCAUUUACGAGCUGGUGUGGUGAAAAAUAUUUUACCCCAUAAUUCCACACCCCAAAAAUAGAAUGGAUGUAUGGAUAGAAUAAUAAUGAUUUCAGAAAAAAAAACAAAAUUGUUUUUUUUUUCUGAAAUAGGCAUUCAGGGCUCUAUCACUAAUCAAUACAAAUGUUUGUAAUAUACAGAAACGUGUAUCCGACUCCUAGUCUAUAACUCGUGGAGUCUGUGUGUCGACUGGCGCGUAGCGAGUGUAGCGACGUGGCCGCCUCGCAGACUGCCCUCCCCGCCUUCAUACCCCACACCGCGAUCGGUCCAUCCUCCAUUGAUAACGACCUCGAUUCGCGUUGUUUGACACGCUAGGGCGUUGCGUCUAAUAUACUAAAAAGCAGGCUCAAGAGUCACAGUUGCGCUCACCAGCUGCUCGCCACACGUCCCGCCGCACGUCCCGCCGCACGUCCCGCCACACGUCCCGCCAGGCCGCCACACGUCCCGCCGCACUGCGCUGCGACGCCUGCCACACUGCUGCUCAGCAGACAGCUCCCACUGCUGACCGCUCCAUCGCCGCUCAACGAUACUGCAGUUUCUGUAUCUGAUCAUGAAACGCUUAUCAUGAGUGGACCCAAGCCCGGUGGCUCGCGCGGGCCGGCCGGCCGCCGGCGGCGAAGCGCGCCAUCCUCGGGUGGAGAGGACUCGGAUGAGGAGUCGAGCGCGAGCGGCGCGGCGUCGAGGGUGGGCAGCGGCGCGGACGCCGACUCGGACUACAAUCCUGGCGAGGAGCUCGGCAACUGCCGUCAGGGAUCUCGGAAGAAGAAACGUAAACAUCUAAAUGAACGACGCAAGAUAUUGAGAGAUCAGCGCGCGGUGAGGGCAGCGCGUCAAGAACCUGAACACGAAACGAAUGAAGUCUCUCAGCAAGAACUAGACCAAGAUCACCUGGUAGAGGACAUGAUAAAAAAGCACUUCGAGGAAAAGUACAAAAGGGUGCGCGUAUCCAAAAGUACGUCGUCAAAUGAGAAACCCAGAAGAAAGAGCUUAUCCUCGGCGAGCGAGGUGAGCGGGACCUCGGCCGCGCCGCGGGACCCGCCCGAUGAGUUUGUCCAAAUCUCGAUUACGCGAGUAUUCGAGUCGAUGGAGAACUCAUCAAAACUGAGCGCCGUGCUGACUCAAGCGGCGCGCGCGCCGCGCGGCGGCGGGAGCGGAGGCGGGAGCGGGAGUGGUGGCGCCGGCGCAGCCACGUGGGCCGCCGUCCUCGACGCUUUCACCGCAGGAGUGAAAGCGCAGCACACGCGCGUCGACCACGCCCUCUGCCGCGAGGACGAGAGUCCCAUGCAAGACUUCCGCUUCCAAGGCGGGCUUGGUCCUUCUGCGGACGAGCAGGCGCUGCAAGCGGCGCUGGCGUCGUACGAGGCCGCUUCCAGCGAGUGGACCGCGGCGCUCGCGGAGCUGGACGCGUGCGACGGCACGCUGCGGCAUGCGCGCGCGUGCGUGCGCACCGCGGGCGGCGACCGGCGCCUACGCAGAGCCGUCGAAGAACUGGAACAGUGCGCGCAAGAGUAUGCCAAUGCACUGAAGGACAUUCACCAGUAAAUGAAACGUCGAAGUUCCACGAAACAGAAGCUCAGCUAAAGAUAAUGAAAUACUUAGAUAUAAGUUUAGGUAAGUACCUAAUUAAGGGUCUAGAAUGAAAACUGGAAUUAGGGACUUCUCCCAUGGAUGUUUAAGAAUAUGUGCUUUUUGAUAAUACGUGAUUUUUAAGCAAAAUGGUACUAAAUUGUUGGUAUUGUAACAGUAUUCAAUAAUGUCUUUAUCCAAAAAUAAGUCACAUUUUGUUUCAAAUCAAAUGUUCGAAGUUAUUUGUUAAGACAGUAAAAGUUUCACGAAAUUAAAAAAUAUUUGUUAAUAGUGUGAUUAGGUAAGUACUAUAAGUAAUUGAAAAGUCCGAAUGUAUUUUGCUAAAAUGUGUAAAAUAUAAGUACAUAUUUUAAGAAAAAAUAUUUGUAAGGAAACAUUUCACAUAAUUUUGAUAAUUUUCUAAGAAAUUAAUAGGUAAGUACGAGUACUAUAAGUAUGUUAAGUAAUUGUAAAGUCUGAAUGUAUUUUUCUAAAAUGUGUAAAAUAUAAGCACAUAAAUUAAAAUGAAAAAUAUUUUAUCAUAUCAGGCAAAUCCAAAGAUGCAUAUACCUACAGGUUGUUUAUUUAGUCACCGGCAAUAAUUUACGGGUUGAAUAUAUAGGUCACACUGUGCACCUUUUACUAUGGGACCAACCCCGACAUCGCGAAAAAAAAUGUUUACUCGCCCAUAGAAAAUAUCAAGGUCAGACAGCCAAAAUUGAAACAGCCAAUUUUUUUUCGCGAUUUCGGGGUUGGACCCAAAGUAAAAGGUGCACAGUGUGACCCCUUGAAUUAUUGCAGGUUACUAAGUAGAACAAAUAAAUGGUGCCUGGUGGAGAGUUUAUAAUUUUUUUUCUACUACUUUCAUUACGAUUACAAUACCGGUCAAUAAUAUCCUCAUCUCUCUCUAUUUCUUUCUUUCUUAUCGAACCGCACUAGAGGGUAUUGACGCUUUUAAGAUUUGGCUUGGCAUCGACUUCACACCAACGCGAGGAAAAUACUUACUGUAUAACAUCAAACAUAGUCAAAUCAAAUUACACCCAAAUGAACGAUUCGAUCAAAUUAAAUAUUAAUCGUCAUUUAAAGUCAAUUCUGCCAGGACAUAAGGACUUUGCCACUCUUGUGGGUAAAAUGCACCUUUCUCAUCAGUUUUUGAACAGUAAAGAGAGCCUUUAUGAGUUGGUGUGGUGAAAAAGUAUUUUUCCUCAGUCACCACACCAACUGGGUAAUAAAGGCUUUAUCCACAUGUGGGGCAAAGUAAUCACAUGUUAAUUUUGAGUUGUUUUCAUAUGUUAGCAUUUACUUUAAAAUGAUGAUUUUGAUUCAUUAUUUUUGUAUUACGUUCGUUUGGAUUUUGUUUGGUUGGUUUUUUGGGUAUUUCAUAAGUAGUUAGUAUUUUCCUCGCGUUGGUGUGGUGAAAAAUUGUGUUCCACUCGUAGGCAAAGUUUAUUUAACCCUCGGCAAAGUGGUUGUUUAACCGCUUGUGCUAAUAUUGAAAGCCUCGCGACGCUCAAGAUUCCAUUUCUCGAACCACUCGCUACGCUUGUGGUUCAACGAUACGAUACGAUACGAUAAUUUAUUGAUAAAGUAUAUUUUACAUGUCAUGUCUUAAUACUAGGUACUUAAUCUAUUAUUACAUCAUUCGUUAUGUGGCUAGCUAACCAGUUACUAUUUAUUCUAAUAAUCGAUUUAAUGUUACAUAAGUAUUAUACCUAUUGCUUAGUUUGGCACUCGAAAAUAGGCAUCCAACGAGUAGUAGGCCUCAGCUACUAGUUUAUUUUUAAGUUUAUUUUUAAACGAGCAGUAGCUAGUGGCAACUUUGGAGCCUUUCGCUUGCUCGGGUAUCAAUAUUAGCACAAGCGGUUAAACAACAACUUUAUCUCCUUGUAAAAAAAUAACUAUUCUUCCUUCCUUUUCAAAACAAUUGGAUAAAAUCGUCAUUUGAUGCAUUUAGUAGUUAUAAGAUUUUUUGUUAAGUUACGAAGUAAAAAAAUAAUUUGGAAAUAUCAAGAAGCCAUUUAAUGAUUUUUGUAAGAUUCUAUUAUUAGUACCUAGAAUAAAGGAAUAUGAAUAAUGUGAAUGUAGUUGUAUCCAUUAUUUGGAUGGUGUUACAUUGUCUUGAAUAAAUAUUUCGCAUAUUUUAUUA